CGGGCGGCAGCAAGAUGGCGGCGUCCAUCACGCAGCAGCUGCAGGAGUUGCUCAACCCACUGCCGGCGUUUACACACGUGGAGGACGAGGAGGAUGAAGCGACCAUUGCUAAAGUUAUCGACAGGUUCGACGAGGGAGACAACAGCCUGGCAUUUGACAGUAAACUGCGGAAACAAGCGUCAGCUUUACUGUGUGACACAGAUGGGAGGUACGCUGGGAAGGCGACCUCUCGAAAGGCAAUGCAAGAAGAGGCCAGUGAGGAUUCCUUGUCUGACGACUCUGAUGAAGACAUGACAGAGAAUGAGGAAGGCAUCGAGAACGAAGAUGGCGAGGAAGUGAAUGACAAACAACCUGUGUGUGAAGAAAUGAAUGGAAGCAGUUUUAACUUUGAAGUGAUCAAAGACUAUGAGAAAUUUGCUAAAGGCAUGGAUGACUUGGGAGACAGUGACAGCGAUGAUGAUGAUGAUGAGGAGGAUGAACAUGAAGAUGUGGAGAAGGACAAUGCCUCGAUGGUGACUUUCUCCAAGGUUAAAGUCGCCGAAGAAGUGGAGAAGGGAAAGUCAGUCAGAAACCAAAUAGCUCUGUGGGAUCAACUACUCGAAGGAAGAAUCCUCCUGCAGAAAGCUCUUGUGACGGCCAAUACUCUUCCCCAGUCGGACUCCAUGGCUUCUUUCAAAAAGAAAGGCGGACCAGAAUUUGCAACUGCUUUGAAGGACAGCUGCAAGGCGUUGAAGGCACUGCUGAGGUCGCUGGUUACGCUACAGGAUGAGCUGCUUUACCGGCAACCAGACACACGACAUUUUGUCAGCGGCAGGGAGCCAGAGCCAGAUAGUGAUGAAAUUCCCAGCGAUGAUGAAAGGGAGAGAAUCCAAGAGAGAAAACGGCCACUGAAAAGGAAGCUGGAAAUGAAUGAAUACCCAGAGUUCAUGGCCAAGCGCUUUGCUGACUUCAAAACCUAUCGGAACAGCACACUGCAGAAAUGGCAUGAGAAGACCAAACUAGCCUCAGGAAAAAUGGGCAAGGGUUUCAGUGCUUUUGAGCGUCCAAUCUUGACUCAGAUCGAGCAGAUUAUGAUGGAUAAAGAGAGGCUGCUAAUACGGACGCAGACCAAACGAUCCUUGUACAGCAUCCUCGGCAAGGUGGAAAAGGAUUCCCAGACGAUUCCAGAGACCGUGCCUGGAGAGAGGGAGAUUGUGCCACAAGGAAAGUCAAACGCACAUCUGAAAGACAUAGAUGAAGAGAUUUUUGAUGACGAUGACUUCUACCAUCAGCUCCUCAGAGAACUAAUUGAACGAAAGACCAGUACUGUUGAUCCAAAUGAUCAGGUUGCUAUGGGCCGACAGUGGCUUGCCAUUCAAAAACUACGGAGUAAGAUUAAGAGAAGAGUUGAUACCAGAGCAAGCAAGGGCAGAAAAAUAAGAUUCCAUGUUCACAACAAAUUAGUGAGUUUCAUGGCACCGAUUGACCAGGCUACAAUGAACGAUGAUGCGAGGUCCGAACUGUACAGAUCGCUGUUUGGAAAUGUCAAAGAGGCUGAGAAAGAGCGAUGAUCAUCUCUGCUGGAUCCUCGGAUGCUGGUUUUCAUCAUGUCACCAUGUGGACUGUUGAUUAUUGUGGGACUGUCUGCAAAACCAGAGUCAUGCAGAACUUCCCCACUCAAAUUGUUUUAUGGUUUAUAAAGACUUUUAUAAGUGGCACAAACUUUGCAAAAUAACUCAUGCAAUUCCACCUAUUCUGGUUCCCACAUAAGGGAAAUUGGGAGUGUGGCCCUUUGAAAAGAUUUGUCCACCCAGUUUUAAUAAUAAUAAUAAUAAUAAUAUAUUUUAUUGUCAUUGCACAUAAGAGCAACGAGAUUUGGUAUGCAGCUUCCACCCGAUGUCAUAACAUAAAUAUCUAAUCAAAUUUUGAUUUAGAUACCCCAAGAACAUGGUAUUCUGUAUCAUAAGAAGUCCCCUUACUCAGAUCACUUAAUAGUCAUGUAGCAGGGAAACGGGCCCUUCAGCCCGACUCGCCCAUGCUGACCAACAUGCCCCAUCUACACUUGGCCCAUAACCCCCUAAACAAUUCCUCGCCAUGAACCUGUCCGAAUGCCUCCUGAAUGUUAUGAUGGUCCCCGCCUCAACGGCCUCCUGCAGCAGCUCGUUCCAUACACAUGCUUUGUGUAAAAUAAAAAGUUACCCCUCAGGUUCCCAAUAAAUCUUGCCCCCAUAUGGUUCUUGAGGCUCUUAAAUCUCUCUUAUCCAGAAAUGGAAGUCAAACAGCACACAUAGCAAAGUACGCCACGGAUGUAUUUGGGUCGAUGUUCUGAAGAUGUUUAUUCAUUCAUUUAGUUUACAAUGUGAAAUAUUUUCAGUUGCCUGAAAGUUGCUUUUCAAGUGUAAGAUGAUCACCAAGAGAACAGAUGAAAUGAUUGCUACUUUUUAAUUAUGUUUUUAAAAAACGGGAACUGA